AUGGCUUCGUCCCAAGUCAAGCGCUAUGUCAUUGUAGGCAUGGGCGUCAGAUCCGCAUUUUACUACCAAAGCAUCAUCCAAGAUUUUAAAUCGGUCGCUGCAGUAGUGGGCAUAUGCGACACGAACCAGACGCGUAUGAAAGCUGCCAACGAUCGAAUGGUCGAGCUGGGCGGCGAGCGUGUCUCAAUGUAUAAGGCAGAAGACUUCGACAAGAUGGUCAAGGAGCAAAAGGCUGACGUCGUCAUCGUUACCACCAUCGACAAAUUCCAUCAUGUAUACUGCAUCCGUGCCAUGGAGCUGGGCUGCGACGCAAUUACUGAGAAGCCAAUGACCAUCGAUGAAGAGAAGCUCCAAGCUAUGAUCGAUGCCGAGAAGAGGACGGGAAAGCAAGUUCGUGUCCUCUUCAAUUAUCGAUAUGCGCCUCAUCACACCAAGAUGCGCGAACUUAUCGACUCAGGCGUCAUCGGCGAGGUUUCGACCGUGCAUAUGGACUGGAUCCUGGACUGCGCACAUGGAUCCGAUUUCAUGCGCCGAUGGCAUCGGAACAAGGACACCAGUGGUGGCAUUCAGAUGCACAAGUCGAUCCACCACUUUGAUUUGGUACAUUACUGGCUGAAUACCGAACCGGAGAAUGUCUACUGCGUUGGCAGUCUGCGAUUCUACGGUAAAGAGAAUGCGGAACGACGUGGAGAGAAGAACCUCGGCGAGCGGUAUCUCAACAACGAGGCUGCCAAAGACGACCCGUUUGCCAUUCACAUCGAUCAAAAUGCCCAACUAAAGAAGCUUUAUUUGGAGGCUGAGCACGAGGAUGGCUACAUUCGUGACCGUAACUGCUUCGCUGAAGGUAUCACCAUUGAAGACAAUCUCUCUAUGGUAAUCAAGUACAAGAACAAAGCUGUCAUGACGUACAAUACGUAUGCUUACGCUCCAUGGGAGGGUUAUCGUUGCGUUUUCAACGGCAGCAAGGGCCGCAUUGAGAUCAAUGUCGUCGAGGGCGGAUACUCAGCUGGUGGCGAGACCAUCACCAACGAAGGGCUUGGUGAACUUGAAGCCAACUACAUACAAGGUGGUGUGGAGAAGACAAAUAUCGUCGUCUAUCCGUUGUGGGGAAAACCGUACGUGGUGGAUGUCGUCAAAGGCGAAGGCGGCCAUGGCGGGGGAGACCCUCUGCUACUAAAGGAUGUCAUCGUAGGAAGCGAGGGCGAGGACAGCUUUAAGAGAGCUGCGUAUAUUCGUGAUGGCGGAAAUGCUGUUCUUGUCGGCGUUGGUGCAAAUAAGUCCAUGGAAUCUGGCUUGCCUAUACAAGUACAGGAUUUGGUUAAAUGGUAG